AUGCAAGAGAAUGUCAAAAAGAGAUCUAUAGGAACGAAAGGAAAUAUAACAAGUAGUAAUAUAGAUAGCGCUGACGUAGAAAAUGUAGUUGGGCAUGAAUAUUCGUCGGAUGAUCAAGAAGAUACUCAAAUAAAGAGAAUUAAAUUCGAUAUUAAAUCGGUAGAACGUUCAAAUGAUGACGAAACAUCUGGAGACCCCCCUCCAUCAAUUGAUGACAAACAAUCAAAAGAUAAUAAUACGCUUCCAGAUGAUUUUUUUGAUAAUUCUUCUAAAACUGUGUCGAGUCAACAAGAAAAAGCCACUAAUGAAAUCGAAGAAGAGUGGAUCCUAUUUCAAAAGCUGAUAUCUAAAGAAACACAAGUUAGUAAUCAAAUUGCGUAUGAAGAUGAAGAAGAAUUGCAACGUGAUAGAGAUGAAAUGUUAGAACGUGAACAAAAAAUGUGUAUUAAGAGGUCAGAAAGAUUAAAAGAAGUUGCCAAAAAAGUUCGUAAGAAUCGUGAGCAAAAAAUGGUUGAUAUUGUUAAGAAAGAUAUAGACGAAUCUGAUGACGAUAGUGACGAGGAUAUCGACGAUGGUUUUGAGAAUGAAUGGAUGGACUGGAGGGCGCAGAGAAUUUUAUAA